GGCGAGCACUCUACCACUGAGCCCAAGCCCCAGCCUAGUACCUGAUAUUUUCUAAUACAUUUGAUAAACAAGAGUCUCCCAGGCUUUCUUACAAAGCACAGCAGACUAGGCAUAUUUCUGCCUUUCUUAUUAUAUCUAACCUGGCAUAAACACUUUCGGAUCCUCUAAAGCAGAUAAUUUUGAUCCCUCCUCUACUACCGUUCUUGAACUUAUGGAUUUUCCAUUUCAUUCAUCGUAGGAUAUCACCUUCUAUCCUAAAAGAAGGCAAUUACCUGGCACACAAGUGCUGUCUCUGAACAGUCAAGCUACAAGCUAUGAACCAUAAUUAGAAACUCUCCCUCAUGCAGCUGUGAUCCCAUGAUCACUGGGCCCACCAUGACUCAGCAUACACACUGCCCCCUCCCUGCAGUCCAGGGCACUGCUUCUCCACAUCCUCUGCCAUGCAGGCCCUUCCCUCACAGCAGGCCUGGCACUGCCCUUGCAAGGUCCUGUGCUGCUGGGUGUAGGCAUUGUUCAAUGGGCAGAGGGGAAGUGGGCCAUGUCCUGGCAAUGAGGUUGCUUGCCAAGUAGUGUCCCCAUCUGCCUGAAACAAGGAAACAUGCCCACCAUAAACAGGUGGAGCACACAGCUUGGGAAGGGUCAUUCUUGCUCUGCCAGCUCAGCCCUUCAGAGGGAUGGGGAGGGGGUGCAUAAAGGAUCCUUUCUCACCAGCCCAACCCUUACUCGCCCUUUUCCCUCACAGGGACUCACUCCCUUUGCUAUGACUUCACCAUCAAUUCUAAGCCAGCACCUGGACAGCAAUGGUGUACAGUCCACGCCCAGGUGGACCACAAGAAUUUUCUCUCCUAUGACUGUGGCAUGGACAAGGCCAAAUCCUUGAGUGCCCUGGGAGGGAAAGUGAAUGCCACAGUCACCUGGGAAGAGCAAAAAGCCACACUGAGAGAUAUGGGGGAUAUGCUAAAACAGAAACUGGCUGACACUAAAGCAGAAAAUGACAUGGCCAAAGGUAAGUAAGAAUGGUCUAGGGACAUGAGAGCUGAUAGGGGGUUUGGGGAUACGAUUGUGUCCAUGUUGGUUGUUCCAAAAAGCCCAGACAGGGCUGGUUUGGAGAUAGAACACAGCAAGAUUAGAAGGAGACCAGGGAAGGUGGGACUGGGUGGGACGAAGGAUUUGUUAAGCAAGGAGGCUGAUCUCUCUCUGAUGGGGGCAGGUCUCCACAUUCUGGAGGGCAGGAUGCGUUGUCAGCUUAAAUCCAGUGGAUUCACCAGCGGCUCCUGGCAGUUUGGCUUCAAUGGACAGAUGUGGCUCCGCUUUGACUCAGACAAUAGAAGGUGGACAAAGGUUCAUCCUGGGUCCAACAGGAUGAAAGAAAAGUGGGAAGAUGACAGGGAAAUGACCAAGUUCUUACACAAGACCUCAAUGGGUGACUGUAGAACCUGGCUUGAGAAGUUCUUGGUGGAAUGGAAAACAGAGCUAGAGCCAACAGGACCUUCAAGUGCCAUCAUAAACAGAGUCUCCCAGGAGUCCACAGCCAGCACACUUGUUCCCUCGGCCCUGCUCUUGAUCCUCACCUGCUUCAUCCACCUAGGCCUCCAGACCUUCCUGACAGGUUGAAGAUGCUCCCAAGAAGCUUCUGGAAAUGUGAUUCAGUUAAAUAACUGUCCUUACUGGUCUUCUGCCAGUCUACUACCUGCUCUUCCUCCAUAGAGCAGAUGAAGAUUGAAGUACAAACCCACAGGCCUCCAGCAUGUCAGACUUUCUCAUGUGGCCUAGAGCUCCUCUGCUUAUUCAGAUCUAGUGAGAUUGAGAAGAACGUUGUGAAUGUCCCUUCUAGGCACACCACGAGCCAUAAUCAACUUCUGCAAGAGUCGGACUGUUCUGAUUGCUGCUUUCACUUUCCCAUCCAUUAUAGCAGCCACACAUACCUUUCCUUUGCCACCCACUGGCCCCUGCUACCCCAGGAUCUGAUGACCCCCAUGAAGAUACUGUGACUUCAGCUUCAACUUUGAGCCCCUUAUUCUGUUUUGUGAUAGUCCAGUUCUGCACUCUUUGUUAACACAUUAGGCCAAGUCCUUUGCUAACCUAUGGAAUUGUACACUUAGCCUCUGGCUACUGGAACAGAAGAUCUCAACAAGGAGUUUCCAUCCUGGUUCUGUGUAAACAAAUACGUCUCUACACUUUGUUUUGACCUUUGUAUAGACUGGAUCUGGAAUGUCCCCCAUAAAUGUGUGAUUUAUGUGUUGACUCUGGUGCUAUUGAGAGGAGAGGAAAACUUUCGGAGGUGAGGAGUUGGGUAUCUCUUUAAAGGGCUCUUUAUGUCCCAGCCCCCUUCCUCCCUCUCUUCCUUUCUUUUUAAAAAGAAUAGAUUAUUUAUAAUUUCUACCACAAUGUGAGCAAUCUCUUCUGCCACAUCUCCUACUGCAAAGUUAUUCUGCCUUAACUCAAGCCAAAAAGCAAUGCAGUCAGCCAAACUUGGACUAAAAUUUCUGAAACAGUGAGCUGAAAACUAAUAUUGCCUCCUUUAGGUGGCUGUCUUCAGAUGUUUUGUCACAGUGAUGAUAAGCUGACUAACACUGCCUUGAGAUGGUGCAAUAUGUCUGUAAAAUACUAUGGCAGACUUCACUAUUAACUUCAGGGACUCUGUAUGUUUUGUUGUA